GCCCUUUCACGUCUGAAGUGGACAUUUGGCCUGUGCCAUGCGGGCAAAGCGCCUCGAAAAAGCCAGGAAAGCCGCCGCGUCGGCUGCUCAUGCGCGCCUUGCGCGACAUAGGCAACGGCUCGUGGCAACACUUCAACUCCACGCUGGCCGCGCGUUGCGCCUUGCGCGGCGUAGGCAAUGGCGCCUGGCGAGACCUCAACUCCUCAAUGGCUGCGUGUUCUGCAGCGCAGUGGCAGGAGGUGCUGCAGAUCUGGCGCCAUGGCGUCGACAACCGUUGGAGGCCAGACGUGGUGAGCUACAACAUUCUGCUCCGCGCCCUUGGGCGCGCAGCGCAGUGGCCCUGCGCCGCAGAAAUCCUUCAGCAACUCCGGGAGGCAGACAAAGGUGUUCGACCCAACAUCAGGAGCUACAACACGAUGCUGGCGGGCUACGAGAAGUCCGCGGUAUGGACUCGCGCGCAGGCCUUGCUGGAGGUGAUGAAGGAGGAGGUGGGCCUAGAUCAGGUGAGCCACCACACCAUGAUCUCGGCCUUCGCCAAAGCGGAUCAACCAGAGAAGGCCGUCCAGGCUUUGUCGCAGGCGGAGAACCUUGUGGGCUUGGCAGGCUACAACGCGGCCAUCCGUGCUCUCGCUACUGAGGUGUCUCCGGGUUUGUGGGAACAGGCUUCCGAGCUUUUCAGGCGCAUGGCGGCGCAAACCGUGAAGCCGGACCUCGGAAGUUUCAACGGGCUGAUCAGCGUCUACGGAUCUGUGAGCUUAUGGUUCCGAGCCCUGCACGUGAUGGCGGAGCUUCAGGCGCGGCUCCAGCCGGACCAAGUCACCUGGAGCAGCGUGGUUGAUGCGUGUGGUCGUGGCCACCAAUGGCAGGCAGCCGUCGACUGCCUGGCAGCGAUGAGGCAGAGUACGGCAAGUCCCAACGUGGUGGUGUGGACUGCGCUCAUGAAAGCGCACGAGCUCGCCAGUCAGUGGCAGCGCAGUGUCGCACUGCUGCGCCGCUUGCAACUGCGGGGUCCUCCGCCCAACAGCGUCUCCUUCACCAGCGCAGUGAGUGCUUGCGCCCAGGGCCACGCCUGGCAGCAGGCGCUCGGCUUCCUGCGGACUGCCCGCAGGCAACAACUGCAGAGCGUGUCCAUGGUGAACACCGCCAUCAGCGCCUGCGCAGCGAGCAAGCAAUGGAGGCAAGCCUUGCACCUUCUGCAGCCAGAUCUGGUGAGCUACAACGCCUUCCUGGCUGCGUGCGAGUCGCAGUGGGAGCUGGCGCUCACAGCACUGCAGUGCAUGCAGCAGCGGCUCCUGAGGCCAGAUCUCAUUAGCUUCAACAGCAUGCUGACCACCUUUGCCAAGGGUGCCGAGUGGCAGCGAGCUCUGGCGUUGUUGGCCCAUCCCCUCGCGGCGCAGGACCACAUCAGCUGCAACGUGGCCAUCUCGGCCUGUUACAAGGGCAUGCGAUGGCAGGCAGCCUUGCUGCUGUUCGCAGCCGAGCAGAGAUUGGCAUGCGAAGAUCCCUUGGCCCUGGCGACCACCGCCUCGGCCCUCGGAGAGCAGAUGUUCUGGCCCAGGGAGGCGGCGCUGAGCGCCGCGGCAGCGGCCCUGGCGAAGCGCUGGGCCAGCGGCUUCACGCCGCGCGCGCGGGAGCCUCUGGUGCUGGUGAACGCGCUGGGGGGCAUGCUGAGGGCCCGUGGCAGCUGGUCCGGGAAAGCGGAGUUCGCGUUCCUGCGGCGUGUGCAGUAUCCUGUCCAGAGCGAGCUACUCGGUGGCGCAGGCAGCAACGGGCGGCGCCUCUCCUCGGUGGCUGGCCUCGCCGGCGCCAUGUCGGCGGACUCCUUGGAAGGCUUGGGCUACGGAACUCUGAGGCUGCAAACGGCCGCGUCCCACCUCCAGCGGCGCCUCGUCCAAGAUGUGCAUGACGUUGACGAUCAGCUGUUGGUGAUUCCGCUGGAUCAGGACCCGGCCGCCUUUGCCUUGGCAGCCUGGAUGUCCUUCAACCUCCGAAACGGUCCUGCGGCGCUCAAGAGCUCGGGAGAACUGGUGAGACCGGCAGUGGAGACGCGCCAAGAGUGCUGGCUGAGUCGAUUGCCGGAAGCCGACCGAUGCCUCUGCCGGGACUUCUUCGCGCAUCGCGGCUCCUGGAUUCUGCGCUAUGGAGACACCAUGUCCUCUGUGCUCAUCAUCCGGCAAGGUGAAGUGCGGGUCUCGGCACUCGGCGCAUAUCACGAAGGCAGAGUGCCCCAGCUCUUGGAGGUGGGCCGCUUGGGCCCCGGAGACUCCAUCGGAGCCCUUUGCUGCCUGCGGCAGCACGACGCGCGGUUCUCCUUUCAGGUGGUGUCCAGGAGCCUCCAGUGCAGCCUGGUCCCCUCCAGCUUAUGCGCUCCCAUGCUCAACGCAAUGCUCAUGGACGUUGUGAAAUCGGAGGAGGCGAGGGAAGAGCUUUGGGCCAGACACGUGCUGCAGCUGCUGGAGGACAACGCCUUGAAGGAUGCCAGUGAUCUAGUGGAUCGUUCCGGCCUGGGGGUGCGAUAUGGCUAUGUCAUCCCUGAGCACCUGAAAAUGCGCUGCCACCCAGACUUGCCAGGGUUGGCGACACGUCGCCGAGAUCCUCCACCGCCCUUCAGGGAAAAGACGUUGCAGGAGAUUCAGCGGGAUAUCCGGGAGAAGUUGAUGAUGGAUGAGGGCACGGAUGUGGAGGAGGAGGAGGAGGAGCCGGUGUCGCCCGUGAAAUUCCGGCGGGGAUCCAUGCAGGUGGACCUCAAUGCGCUGCUGCGCAUGGACUCCCCGCGUCGCGUGAAGCAGGGAGCGCCGGGUCUGUGGCGCAAGGAGCAGGGCAUUUGGCUGGGCAACAAAGGCGUCUACGUGCCCCGAGUGGCCUCGGAUCUGCAGAGCUGGCGAGCCACCAAGGCCUACCAGUUCUGCCGCCACUUCCCCGUUUGGCAGCCUGAGAGGCAGGAGGAGGAAGAGCCGGAGAUCGAUGUUUCUCCUGUGUCUCCCGCGAAGGUCCGCAUCUUACGCCAGGUCCAUGAGGCCUUGAAGUCGGGAGUCCACACCGUGAACGGCGAGAUGGUCCUUGACGUGGACAGUUUGGUGAACGCCAUCGACCCCGGCCGCAGCGAGCGCGUGCGCGUCAGCACGCUGGCAGAGGCCAUCAAAGACCUGGGAGUGGCCAGCGGACAGGUGGACGAGCUGCUGCAGCACCUGGACGGCAAGAACUUGGGCUACGUCAAUCGGGAGCAACUCAUCGAGGCACUACAGCCCCCAACACGAAACUUCAAGCACCUGGCGACUGAGAAGGCGCACUCCCUCCAACCGAGCGUUGAAGAGGAGAUCAUCAUAGGCAGCGACGAUGCUGAGAGUAGCUCCGAAUCCGUGGAGCCGAUGACGACGAGGCGUACGACCCGAAUGAGUUUGCGUCUCUCGCCAGAGCAAGAGAUGUCGGAAGCUGUGGCCCACCAGGCGCUGCCCCCCAGGCGACCGCUGAGCGCCCCAACCCGCUGUAAGAAGUUGGAUGAGAAGAAGCCAUCCCCCACAGGAAGAUUCCAUGCUGAUCAGCUCUACACGGUGCGCCGCGCCCUGCUGCGUCCACAGACCCUGCAGACCCCACCACCGGUGAAGCGGCGGGUUCGCUAUGGGCGGCCCAAGGAGGAGAUUCCGCGAUGCAGCCCGUCACCGAGAAAGCUGGUAUGA